AUGGCAGACCCUACGCAAACAUUACAUCCUACGAUUGUCAGUGAUGGACAUGGAGCUGCAGAGCUGAAGCAGAGGAACACGCUCAUGCAUGGAGGACGGUUUGCUCAUUUCACCAAAGAGGGAAAACAAAUGGUCAAUGGGUGUCUUUCCCCCAUCUUCAGACUGAAGAGGAAGAGACAGCCUACUGAAGAGACAAAUCAGCGCCCUUGGACAAUGACCAACCAGUGCAAGGCAAAAAUUACUGAAAUUGUCCAGCAAACACAGUUGAAAGCGGUUAAAGAAACACAGCGGGUGCGGCAACUUGUGUGGAAAACCUUGAGGAGGGAGAGGCCAACCCUUUACUUUGAGGACGAGCAACUGGAUGAGGUUGUCUCCUUCUUGUUUGCCGUCAUCACGGAGACCCCAAGAGCAAGACAGCAGAACGACUGGAUUGACGUCGUCAUGAAUGUGCUCGUACCGUGA